CCGGGGCUCCCCCGCAGCAGCCCCUGCCCUGUGCGGGCCUGGGGCCGCCACCGGCUCGGGCAGGCCUGGACAAACAGAAGGGAUGAAAGGGAAGUGCGAUGCCGCUGGCCAUUCCACGGGGCUGCUGGGAUCACUUUCGCCUUCCCGUUUCCCCGCCCGCAGCGCGGUGCCGAGCGGAGCCGCCAGCGGGCCCGGCGCGGGGAGCGGCGGGCGGCGCCGCGCCCGGGCGGAAGUGUCGGGGCCGAGGCCGGCGGUGAGGAGGGUGCUGAAGAUGGCAGGCAGCCCCACUCCUUGGAUUGGCAGUGCUUAUCUCUUUCUCCAAUCGACGUGCAAGUCCAUCGCUCUGCCGUCCCUCUACGAGAGCUCCCAGAAGAAGCCUUGUGUGUUCAAGGCCCUGAAGCUGGCAUUAGCAGACUCCACAGGCAGCGUGAAUGGUGUGGACAUGCUCAAAGUGCACUGCAGCCACCCACACCUGAUAGUCCAGCUCAGGUUCUGCAAGCAGGAGAACUGCCGCCGCUUCCUGCGGAGUUACCGGGAAGGAGCGCUCCAGAAGUCCCUCCAGAGUCACCUCCAGCUCUCCUUGGCCACGACCACGGUGCCUCUCGAAGUGGAGCUGAAGGCUGGCAGUGAGCACCUUGACAGGAUGCUGAAGGAUGAGGAUCAUUGCCUGGAAUGCAUCUACAGAGAAAAGCCUGACCGCCUGCCGGAUGAGGAGAUCACGGAGCUGGAGGAAUGCCUCAAGAGCCUGAUGCUUCACCAGAGCACCAACAACAAUGUGGCUGGAAAAGACUGCUCAUCUCUGCCUUAUUCUCCUCAAGGCAGCUCCCUUCCCCCACAAGUCACCUUCAUCUUUCAGGGACAACAGUUUGACAACAGAACAAUCACACCAGAUGACCACCAGAAGUUUGCCAAGUCCGUGUCCAAGAAGUGGAAGCAAGUGGGUCGCUCUCUGCAGAAAUCCUGCCGGGCCCUGCGUGACCCUGUCAUCGACAACCUGGCCCUGGAGUAUGACCGAGAGGGACUCUAUGAACAAGCCUAUCAGAUGCUCCUCAGGUUCAUCCAGUCCGAGGGCAAGAAGGCCACAAUAGCGCGGCUGAUCGCAGCCCUGGAAGAAAACGGUCUCAUCAGCUUGGCAGAGGAGCUCCUGGGCCUCUAUUCCAAUGAGGACUGCUCCUAGAGCUCAAAGGACAGUGCCAUUGCUAAGGGCUUUCCUGCUUUAGCUACUGUAUGAAACUGCUGCCAGUGUCUGGGAUUGUAAAGUCCUGAAUAUCACCACAGGUUUCCAUCUAGGUGGGAAUGCUCAGGGGAGAGGUUCUGUGUUGGCAGAAGCCAGCUUGGACCUCUGACUUUCCUUAUUUCAUCGUGUUUCCAGAAAUAGAGCACUACCUUCCUGUGAACUGUUGAGAGGCUUUCACCCUGACUUCCUUCAGGACUGAGGGAAGGGAAGGUAACUUCCUUCAGGACUGUGACAGGGAAGCAGCCAGACAGAAAGCCCUAGGGAAGAAUGAGGGAGAGGAGAAAAGCAAGCAAGGUUUCUCAUAGAAUUUCUCUGGGAAGCAGACAGUGCCAGUGCUUCUCAGGCUGUGUCCAGGGCCAUCACCUGGAGAGCUGCAAUGUGUUUUUAUACUGAAAACAUUUUUGCCCUCAGCCAUGACAUUAAGUAAAGACAAAAGGAAAAGUAAGGAAAAGUCAAUUUUACAUUAUUUUCUUCUUUGUUUGAAGAACGAAGAACUUCUAUGGCAAGAGUAUCUGUUCCACCCUGCUCUAUUGUAGCUCCUUCCCACCUCACCACCUGAAGGUUUUCCUUCUACCAGGGACAGCCAUAAUCUUCCACAGGGUAAAAGAUUGCUGCUGUCAAACAAGUGGCAGGCACUGAACAAUCAAUAUGGACAAACUCAAAUUCAGACAAUGAUUGUCAACUUUUUCUCAUCUGUGGUAGACAGUAAUAUGUUAAUUAGUUAUUGCCUGCCAGCCUGAGGGAGCCUGCAGCUAUGAAAAGCAAAACACAGUGCUGGAAGGAAAACACUCUCCUCAUCAGCAAGUUACCUGUGGAGCAUGGAUUGGAACUGCUGCCCUCAGGUGCAUUGCAGCAUCAAAUGCCAUCCUGAGCCCACAGAGCUGAGCAAUCACCUGACCCAGCUGGCUGCUCGUGCCUUCACUCACUUCCUAACCACCCACCCUCGGCCUGCUGGGCCCCUGGAGGGGACAACUCACACUGCUGUGUCCCACAGGUGGCAGGAUCUACAGAGAGCCUUUCCCUGGCGCUGCUGUCACCGUGUGACAAUCGAGCAUCAGCUGCCACCGUGCCUGGAUUUACCUGCACUGAUUUUUAGGGUGAAAAUGGUUUAAGAGACAAAUCUCCCAAACCCCAAGGUUGACUCCUGCUUUCAGUUCCAGUGGGAGAAGCUGAGUGUCCCCUGGUAUGGCUGAUGCAGACUGCAACAGAGCAGCUGCACCUUUGCUGUAACAAUGCACAGAGCAACAAGUGUCUGGCAUGACAUGGGUCCCAUGAAGCACAACAGCAGCUCCAUUACCUUUGACAUAUUCCCAGUGUUUUCCUGAUAGGUUUUUACGAACCUCUUUCCAUUAAUUCUAUCCUUUUUUGCCCUUCCCAUUUGUGGGAAUAGCCAGUGGGCCAUGGAAAUGAUUUCAGAUGCAGAGGGUGGCUCUGGCCACACACACCAAGUUUGUGUGCACAUGCAAAUACCAGGCUGCUGGCAGUCAUGGUAGGAACAACUUUGAGCCAGGGCCAGAUGGCCUUUUAAACCACAUCUCACAUCCUACUCCUUCCUGGAGUCAAAGCUGUAAUUCAGUAAGGAGGAACACAACCCUGGAUUCAGGUGUGGGCUCAAAUCCGAGCUCCUGGGGCUGGAAAUGUUCCCUUCUUCUGCUGGAACACCUGCUGUGAGCAUCAGUCAUUGGAGACCUGGAUGGGCAGGAUUUAGAUGGCCAGCUUUGACCCAGCUGGGAUCCAUGUGCCUCAGAUGAGCUGAGUACCACAUCCUUAGUGUAAGCCAGAGAAACACGACUCAUUUCAUGGAGAUUUUGAAUCCCCUAGGUUACAUACAGAGCCAGGAAAGGAAAGGAAGGGGGUUAAAGAUGAGGAGAAGGUUUUCAGGGUGUGAGUGAAUCUGCUUCCAUCUUCCCCUUAGCUCCCAAGGAAGCAGGACUUCAUGCAGGCCCCGUCUCUGCAAAGACUGUGGCUCCAUCACCUUUUAUUAAGCCAUUUGAUAUCAGUGCCAUUGCAGUCUCAUCUCCUCCAUUCCUGCUCCACAUCCUACCCUCUCCCUUCCAGUAGUACCAGUGCUCUUCCCAAAAUGAAGCAAUUACCUCUCUGACUGUUUUGCUUUUAGGACUGGCACAGUGGUGCUGAUCUUAGCUAAUUUAGGUUGCUGUGGAACCAUACCUCAAAGCAUUUAGCUUUCCUGAUAGAUCCCAGCUGGGGAACUCUGCUUGGCAGAAACCCACCUGACAAAUCAUAUUUUAAAAAAUUAAAAAAUCAGAAACUUGAAAAUUACUUUAAGAGCAAGAGAGUUUGCUCUAUAUUUUGCAGAAAAUACUUUUUUAAGAAAACAAGGUCAUAUGCAUAGCCUGCUGUCUCAUUUGUAAUGAAUAUUUCUAAGCCCUCAGACCAGCUAUUCAUGUGCACAACUUGCACAUACAGUUAUAAGGCAGCCACUGAGUAGUGUGAAUUACUAGUUUUUGUAGCAGCUGUUAAUGCUCAAAAUGAGAAAGUCUUAUUAUUCAGCAUCUACUUCAAGUCCAGAAAACUUUUUUGCUGCUAUUACUCUUUUAUAGAGGAUUAACCAUGAAUGCUUUCUUCUGAAUGCAAGCGUUGUGCAUUUUCUUUCUGCCAGCAAUUGGCAUGUGUAUUUCUUCUUACUCACAUAUUCCCUGUCAGAAGUGCCAUUAAGUGCUGGAGCCCCUGGCAACCUUUCUGGAAUAUCAUAAUCUUUAACAGCAUUCACAGGUGCCUUCAUUGCAGAGGCUUGAAGGAAAAGGGUUUUUCAGUGAUAUUCCAUGGUGAAAUUGUCUUGAGCCCAUGGCAUGGUUUAGGACAUAGCAGUGGCUGUUUCAUACCUCCUUUUCCAUGACCAGACAUCAUCAUGGUGGGAGAUAAGCCAUGGGCAGUGCUGCUGCUGGAGAAUUUGGCCUUAUCCCAGUAACUGCUCUUCUCAAUAUACUGAGAUAUAUAUCUGUGAAAAAAAUAUUUUCAGGUGUGGUGGUGGUGUUUCAGAAUCAAACACAAUAUUUAAAGCAAAUAAAGGUGCUAAUCAGUUGCAUAUAAAAUCUAAAAUAGAAAAAAUAUAAAACAAACAGAAAUCAGGCCAAAUUGUGCUUACAGGAAGAGAUCCAAGAGGGCACUUUUUUUGUGGUACAGAUUGUUUUUGUAGCUCUAACCAUGUUUCAGAUUUGAAGGAGUCUCCUUCAGUCUGCCAGAAGGAAUAAAAGAUCCAUCCAAAGGAGAAUUCAAAUGAUUUGUUUUGGCAUAGCUGAGCUACAGUGUUCAAACAGAUGAUAACAAAGAGGAGAGUGAAGUUAAAAUGCUCACCAGCUACACUUUGACAUGAGGCAUCUGACAGAAGUAAACCUGACAGGAUACCCUGACACAAAAUUGUCUCAAAGGAAAAUAUCUGUUAGUUUUGCCAUUCAUUUCAAAGCCAGGUUCAGCAUUGAGGAGUUGUCCUGCUGCCUGGGUCAUUGUCUCCCUUCCCAAAGGAACCACACCCUGCCAGCUGCCCACAGACUCCGAAACCAGAAGUGAGCAUGGACAGAAUGAGGAGCCUCAAAUUCAUUUAAAUUGCUGACUUAGUUUAUCUGAAAAUUCUGGUGUAGCCAUGAACCUCUGGUAUUGUACUCCUUAAACCACAGAGAUACGAAUGGGAGUCAAGAGGGUUUCUUGAGUCUAACCCACAUAUUGGAGUGUAUGCAUGACACUGGUGCUUUACACUGGACAGGGGUCUGGCCAUGUGCCUUUUGUAUGGAGAUGGACUCAAACAGUGAAGCAAUUAAAGGCCUAGAGUCCAUUUCUUUUUUCUUCUCUGGAUUGAAUUUUAAACCCACUGAAGGGAUCUGGCUGUACAUCUCUAAUAGGAACCUGUAUGAGAUGUGUGGUUAAUGUGUCUUGGUUUUCAGUGGAAAAAUCCCUUGCUAACCUUCUAAUUCCAAAUUCCCAUGAUAUUCAGCAUCAGAUCUGGAUCAGCCACCUACAGCUAUGGACUGCAAUGCCAGGCAUACCUGGGGCUAGGACAUUCAGCCUCCAAGGAAUUGUCUUUUAUAGAAAAAGCACUUUGGUAUAUAUUUUUUUCCCCAUUCUUUUUUAUAAAUAAACAUAUACUUUUGAUGAAAA